CGCGACAACUUGUAGGCGCGUGUCGGGGGUUUCGGGAAGUCGGUCGCUCUAGCUGUCCAUUGUCCAUGAUUUCCGGUCGCUGAGGGUCCAACUUCCGAGCAGGCGAGGGCGCGCGGUCACGUCGGCGCCAAGUCGGGGAAUGCGGCGGGGAGUGACGUGGUGGCCGGGGCUGUGGUUGCGCCCUCCAGGGGUCAUUUGCUCGACGGAAGGAAGCCUCCCGGGCGAUAGGCAUCUUGGAGCAUGUAAAGUAACCAAGGAAACUGAACUCCAGUAUGUGGUAUAUUAUGCAGAGCAUCCAGAGUAAAUAUUCUUUGUCAGAGCGCUUGAUCCGGACUAUCGCAGCCAUCCGAUCCUUCCCACAUGACAAUGUUGAAGACCUAAUAAGAAGGGGAGCAGAUGUCAACUGUAUGCAUGGUACUCUGAAACCAUUGCACUGUGCUUGCAUGGUGGCUGAUGCAGAUUGCAUUGAGCUGCUGUUGGAAAAAGGAGCUCAGGUCAACGCCCUUGAUGGCUACAAUCGAACAGCCCUUCAUUAUGCAGCUGAGAAGGAUGAGACCUGUGUGGAGAUCCUGUUGGAAUAUGGGGCAAAUCCCAAUGCACUGGAUGGCAAUAAGGACACUCCACUCCACUGGGCUGCCUUUAAAAACAAUGCGGAAUGCGUCCGAACACUUUUGGAAAGCGGGGCCUUUGUCAAUGCUCUGGAUUAUAACGACGAUACCCCUCUGAGCUGGGCAGCAAUGAAGGGCAACCUGGAGAGCGUCAACAUUCUCCUGGAGUACGGAGCUGAGGUCCGGAUUGUCAAUAUGAAGGGGCAGACCCCAAUUUCAAGGCUGGUUGCCCUGCUGGUCAGAGGACUUGGCACCGAGAGGGAAGAUUCCUGCUUUGAUCUCCUUCACCGAGCCAUUGGGCACUUCGAAUUGAGGAAAAACGGCACGAUGCCACGCGAGGUGAUGCGAGAUCAGCAGCUUUGUGAAAAGCUUACCACGCUAUGUUCUGUCCCAGGCACAUUAAAGACACUCUCACGCUAUGCUGUGCGCCACAGCCUGGGUGUGCAGUUCCUACCAGACGCAGUGAAGGAACUGCCCCUGCCAGAAUCUUUGAAAGAAUAUGUCUUGCUUAAAUGAUGGCUUCCUCUUUUUUUUUUUCCAUAGGAUUGUAUUUACCAGCAAAUUGGUGAGCCAUGGUGGACAUGGCAUUUUAGAGAUGUAGCUCCAGGAGUCAGCUGGUGUGACAUCUGCACUUUUGUCCAGUGUGUUCCCUUAGCUUCUCCAUUUGCUAUAGUAUCCUUCUGAGCUUUCUUUAGUGAAGGAGGCUAGGAAAAGGACUUCUGGCUUCUUAUGGCCAGGAGGCCCAAGUGAAACACGUCUGUGUUCCACCUCCUGAAGAAGACCACUUCCAAAAUUCAGGAUGACUUCUGUUCUCAGUGAAACAUUCACAGAGCCAGUUGACUCCUAGCACCUCAAAACAAACUGAGGAGGCUGAAGAAUGGCAACAUUUGCUUCUUUAAACUCAUUACAUGCAUCAAAGCAUUUGAGUAAUCCAGUCGUCUUCUUGGUUUUAGGCUCUCCUAAGACAUACGUAUUUCAUAUAUUUUUUGUUUAUUGAUAAAUGAUUUCCUUUCAGGAAUGUAAUGGCUUAAUGAAUCUGAAUAAAUAAAUCGGGUAAGCUGAUCAGCUCCUGUAGAGAUUAAGGGCUGUUCUCUUUUACAUUAGCUUCUUUGAGAUUCUCACAUCCAGUUGCAGAGAUGCUCAGAAAGGCAAGGGCUCCUUUUGAAAACCAAGAACAGAGCAUCCUAGUGCUUUGGGAACCGAAGCCAAAAAGGUUCUUCAGAGUGGGUGCGGAUAUGCAUUUGGCCUUUCUACUUCUUAAAACAGCCAUAUGAUUCCAAAGAGUACCGAUUAAGGAGAUGCCAGUCAGGUGUUUUGGACUGUAUUUCUAAGUGCACAAUUGAUGCGUCUUUAACUCAGAUGCAUAAUUUUUCAGGUUUGCUUGGCAAGAGUGAGCCCAAGAAAAGACACUGGUUUGUUAAGGAGGCACUAGCAAGAGUCAUGUGUAUGUGCGUGUGCCCACCCCUGCUCCAGGGCGUCAUCUUAGGAUCUUGAGUGCUGCACAAAGCCACUUUUGUUGGCUUAUCUUUUGUUGUUGCUUUUUAGACCAUCUCUGUUUAUAUCACAGGAAAAAGUGAUAGAAAUCUGAGGAGGAGGAGAUGAUGAAGUGUGUUGCUUCGGGCUGGGUGAGGAAUUUGUGACAAGAUAAGGAGAUGGGUCGGGUGAGGAAAGAACAAACAUCCUACAAUGAAAAAAGAUAUUGCUUUUAACUCAGCCUUUUGUUUACAGUACUGGUUUGUAUGUGUAGAAAUCUGUAGUCAGACUAAUUCCCCAUACUCUCACCUCAUUACGACCCUCUGUAGAAACUGUUGCCCUAUCUGAAUAAAUUGAAAAAAGUAAUUCAGUGGUGCUUGUUCUGGAGGCAUACUAAUGAUCAUGGCAGUUUUGUAUCUUGCAUAGUGAUGAGGAAAUCUUUUCUGCCCACGGUGUACGUACAUAUUUUAUUCACCGCUUUAAAGCUUUCCAGAAUGUUCUUUCACUUCCUGUACUUUGCAGCUCCAGACAAAUGUUACUAGGCUUAUAUUGAGCCCAGCAACAAUGGAACUUAUCUACUAUAGUCAGCUUCUGGUUUGCCAGCACAUUCUUUAUUAUUGUACAGUUCUAGUGUGCCCUUGUGAAGAAAUGGCAAAGGAAAAGUAUUCAUUUUUGAAAAAGUUAAGGCAUCUUUCAAACAUUUCAAUGGGUUUCUCCAUUGGACACAAGUUAAAAUACAUUUUUCUUGCCAUACAAUUAUGAUUGUAAUUCGCUUGUUUUGUGGCAGGCUUCUUUUGCUUCCAUUACGUUCAUCUGUUUUAAUGAAAAUGAAAAAUGGGAGGAGUGGGGUUUGACAAGUCUAAUUUAUUAAGGGCUAUAUCUGCCAUUUCUUAAAAUGUAAAAUUGUAGACAUGUAAAAUUGCAGGUGUGUUUCUUUCACAAAUAAUUAUCUUGGUUCGGACAAAUGAAGCAGCAUCCUUAUGAAUGUAGGGGGGGCUGAGAAUACAAGUCUUAGAGGUCCAAUUACCCCUGUUAGACAUGUGCCAAGUGCAUCACUGAGCAAGUCCAAUGGCCUGGGUGUGUGCGCACUGUAAUUACAACCACUGUUUUAUCUGCUAUUCAGUUUCAGAAAUGGAAUGGUAAUUUCCGACAAUAUGCCUUUUUUAUUAUUUUUUGGCUAUUCUCCUAAGAUUGGAGUAUUGGCUCUCACAUUGAUUCCUGGAGUAUUUCUUGUCUGCUCAGGAUAAUAUCCUCACUUCUAUUUUGAGAAGGGGAGAUGGGAAUUAGAACCCUAAACAGCCACCUUGAAAAUUAGACAACGUAGAAAUGAUUAUAUUAAUUGUUGAAAUACAUUCUAUGAUACUGGACUGUGGAAUCUACUUGAUGUGAACAGAGCCACCAUUCUCUUCAGAUGUGUUUCCUUUCUUAUUUCUUAGGCAAAUUAAUAAUACUAGCAUGCCACAGCCUUAUAGAAAUAAGGAUGUGAAAAAAUAUUCCCUACAUAGAACAUUUGGAUAGUCAGCCAUCACAGUGGAAAUAUGCGUUUUUGGAGUUUAGGACCAUAUACCAUAUACAAAAUAGGACUUGUUUUAUUCAAUACAAGAGUUGUGACAAAACCACUUGUAGAAGGAGAGGAGAAAUGAAGCAAACUGUCUUGCCUUCUUUGCCUCAGGAAAUCACUCUAGGAUUCAAAUUUUGGUUUAACCAAAACCCAGAAGCACCACUUUUCAGAUUUUCUGCUGAACUGCAGCUGGACUAAGAUGAUUUGGGGAACAUUUCAAAACAAUUUUGUUCUUUGUUUUACACCUCUACCCCAAAUUCCAAAGGAAUAAUUCAUCAUGAGAAUGGUUCAGUUUUCCCCUGGAUCUGCUUACAAGAAAAAUCAUGUUGUAAGCUCAAAGUACUAUUUUUGAAGUGCUUGAUUGUGGAGGAAUGCUUGUUCAGUGCGCAGAUGACUUGGAUAUUAAAAGCUUGUUCAUUAAAUUUA